CGGAUGAACACUAGAACGAAUGUUUAUGGACAAAACAUGGAAAAAGAAACUAUAGAAAAAGCAAAGAAAAGGAAAAUCGAUGAGGACGGCAAUGGGGAUAAAGCUAGAGAAGAAAGUGUAACCUUUGCUGGAUUUAAAGUAAAAGCUGUAAUAAACGAAAAUGCCAGACAAAAAUACCUAUUUCUUCACUGUAGGAAAAAUGAUGAAGAUGCUGUGGUGCUGUUGGAGAAAACACCUUUUGAUUCAUCUAUGACAGAUCAAAUUUUGUCAGACAACACAAAAAUCAGAGAGACUUUACAAAAUGAUAUUUACCACACAUAUACAGCUUUUUUGCCUGAAAAUCUCAAUGGUGUAAAAGCUACAGUGAUCUGUCCUGCCUCAGAAAAACAUAUCAAGAAGUAUACUGAACAAGAGUCAUUUGUAAUACAAGAAACAGCAGAAUUGUAUACCAAAGUCACUUUACCAUACUUAGAGAAACAUUCAUUUAGCACACAGUGGGUAUACAAUAUCUUGGAAAAGAAAAAAGAAGCAGACAGAAUUGUGUUUGAAAAUUCUGACCCAGAUACAGGGUUUAUCCUAUUACCAGACAUGAAAUGGGAUGGCAAGGACUUGAAUAGCCUUUAUCUACAAGCCAUUGUACAUAAGCAUGGACUCAAGUCUGUAAGGGAUCUGAACAAAUCACAUUUACCUUUGUUAAACAACAUAUUGGAGGAAGGUGCAGAUGUGAUCGACCAAGAAUAUGGUAUACCAAAGUCAAAACUAAGGAUAUACAUCCAUUACCAGCCUUCAUAUUAUCAUUUACAUGUUCAUUUUAAUCAUAUCAAUUUAGAAUCUCCAGGAUUUGAUGCUGACAGAGCUCAUUUAUUGGUGGAUGUUAUUGAAAAUAUUGAAAUGAAUGACAGCUACUACCAGGAUAAAACCCUAGUUUACAGAGUUCGAGAACAAGAUGAGCUCUAUAAACUAUAUCAAGAUGAAGGAUACUUCGUUGAUUUUCCUAUAAAUACUAGCUUGUCAUCAAAUUCAUCUUUUACCGCAGCAUCAUAAAUAGAUGUAAAUCUAGUCUUCAUUCUUUGUAUGAAUAUUAUUGUUUUUAAUGACAGUGUAGUACACUGUAUAUUCAUUUCAUUUCAAACAUUUUGCUGACCCAUAGAAAAAGAGAUGUAGCGGUUUAUUUGAAAUUUCAAACUAAAGGCAGUUAUUAUCAUUAUUUUUUUAUAUAUUGUAAAUUUAUUCAUGCAUUUAUAAUUUGCAUCCAUAAUGACUUUUAAAAUUGCAAAACUGUUGUGAUUUCAGAAAAAUUGAGAGUUCAUAUUAUUGCAAUGUAUUCCUUUCAGUUUUUUUUGCAUUGAAUCAAAACAAUACAGUUUUUAUUAACUUUACAAUAUUAAAUAUUUUGAAGAA